UCUAAGUUCAUUUACCACUUAUUGAUGACUGUGAUAUAUUGCGUUCCAUGGAAGAGUCAUACACCACUGGCCUCCCCACCAGCUAUUUGGCCGGUUCUGUUCUGGCUGUCACAGCUGGAGAAAAGAGUACUACGAAACAAGAUGCAGAGACGUGCAUAGUUGAAGAACCUAAAAAAAAUUGGUCAUGUCAGCAUCUGAGAAACCAUCAUCAUCUUCUUCAGUGAUGAGUACUGUAGCAUUAGCAAGAGAUAUUGAUCCACCAUUGAAGGAUUUAAACGAAAAGAAGCAGAAUUUCAAGCGCAACGUGGUGUCUUUGGUUGCAGAGUUGAGGGAUAUUCGGAACCAUCUUGCUUCACAUGAACAAUCUUAUGCCAAAGAAACCUUAACAAGAAAGGAAGCAGAGACUAAAGCCAAGAGCAUGGAGUUUGAAAUUGGAAGAUUGCAAAAGAAAUUGGAAGAAAGGAACGAGCACCUUCCAAUUGCAUUAAGAGAUAUAAAGCAACACGACAUUACUCAAAGCAUGUGCGGGAUACUGGUUGAUUGGCUUGUAAAGAUUUGCAUAAUGUAAUUUUUCUCAUAUAAUAAAUGUUAUGAAUUAUAGUUGAUAAAUUUAGU